AUGGUGUUUCCAGCUCAGUCUUUUGGGGCUCUGUGGGAAUUCACCUUCAAGCUAAGGAAAUUCUCGUUGUCCCAAUUUACAGGUCUUGGACUGAACGAGGAAGUGCAACCGAGCAUGGAAUCUAGCACAAAGUUCAAUGACGUGAAGGGUGUCGACGAGGCUAAAGCAGAGCUAGAAGAAAUCGUUCAUUAUCUUCGAGAUCCUAAGGUAUUCGUAAUUUUGGAUCACACUUCAUUUAUACUGUAGCGCAGUAAAUCUGGAUUCUUACCAGGGUUGGACGCUCUGAUCAUCUUGUCCAUAUAAUCAAGCUUCUAAGCUAGUUCUGCGGGCUUGGGCAGACUCAUAUGAUCUGACCUUGGUUUCCUGGUCUUCUGAGUCAUGGUCUGUGUGGGGUUCGAUCAAUUUGGUCUCCUCAUGGCAGGACCUGGCUCAGGGAAUCCGGCCCUGUAUAGAGAGAGACUCCUGUUGUCUUAGAGAAGUCUCUAUGAUUCAACCUAACUCGUGGGGUCAAGCCUUCUCACUGACGCUUUCCUUCUCUGCAUUAUCAGUAUUUUCCUCUUCCCGGUCACCUUCUCCCACACAUGAUGGUUUCUGCCACAUUUUUUGUUGUUGUACUGCACUCCCCCUCGCCCAACUGCCACCUUCCUCCUUUGUCCUCAUCAAGUAUAACUGAGCUGAUCGCCACCAUCACCUCCUCCCCAUCCAUGUCUUUUGAGGUUUAUUCAACUUGAACGACAUCCAUAUGUGAAGCCAUUCGCUCCUUGUUAUAGUCAUGACUUAAUGACUAGCUUGUACUGAAAAGCUGAUUCCACUCCCACGCUCCCUUGCUUCUUUUAGUUCUGUUGAUGCGGAAGACGGGGUUAGUCAUGAUAAUAUCCUUAAUCAGGUUGACUCCCGAUCUCUGCUUCUCUCUUUUUCAUAUUUUACUUUGUUUCUAAAAGUGCUGGAAUUGGGUGAACCUCAUCAGAUUGGACGUCCUUGACACUAUGACAUCCUAAAUAAAUUUCCCUGUUUCAUGCUUACUGAAUUUCGGAAUGCCUUUUAUUCCAAAGGUUAAAUUAAAUUAAAAAAUCAAUCAUUUCGGAAGUAGAUAUCCGCUCUCAAUCUCUUUGGCAUUUAUGUGAAUAAAUUUUUUCUUUGACAUCAGAACAAAUUUCUAGCAAGAAGUUUUUGAGAACUUUUUAUGAGCUGUAGUGGAGGAAAUCUUGGUUAAGCUCGCAUAUGAUUUCCAUAUCAUCCCUGAAAUGUAGAAUGAGAGCUGAUGGCUGUUCUUGAUCUGUGCACAUCUCAUUUUAAGGUAAUGUGCGCAAUGAAACCUAUACUGUCCGCUUACGUGCCUAGAUUAGUCUAACGUCAUAAGAUGUAAAAUGAAGUACCGUGGUUAAAUAAAUGGACCUCUCUGUUCAAUGCUGCUUAGCUUUGAGUUGGUUGGCUCUGCAACUCCAUGGAUCCCUCUCUAGAUGAUGCUAUUAGUUGUGGUAUGCAAUGAACAUGGUCUGGAGUAGAGUUUCUUCACCUGUCAGAUUGUUCUUUCUUAGAGAGAAAAUAAAUAAAUAUCUGAUAUAUCAAUGAUUUCCAAUAAUUAUAAUCAUUAAUAAAAUAUGUUCCUUUCCCAGAAUUUUUUUUUUUGGGUGAAAAAUUAUCUGUAAUCAUGUAUUAUUAUCAUGUCUGGUGGAACUUGACCUUGUUGAAGUAUUCCUUCUGUGUGGAAGAAUGAAGUUGGAUGACAAUUUGUGGGUCCCACUAAUGAUCCUGUUCCACUCAUAUGAUCAUCGAUUAUAUUUGCCUUUAUCAACUUCAAACAGGAUGAUGAUAUUUGGAAGCUUGGUAUAGGAUAUCAAAUAUUAAUAAUAUUUUUAUUUAUUCACUGUCUCUCUUAUUUUCACUGCAUCAGCGGUUCACGCGCCUGGGGGGCAAGCUCCCGAAGGGUGUGCUGCUCGUGGGCCCACCCGGUACAGGGAAGACCAUGCUGGCGAGGGCGAUCGCGGGGGAGGCGGGGGUUCCCUUCUUCUCCUGCAGCGGUAGCGAGUUCGAGGAGAUGUUUGUGGGCGUGGGGGCCCGUCGAGUGAGGGACCUCUUCUCGGCCGCCAAGAAGAGAUCCCCCUGCAUCAUCUUCAUCGACGAGAUCGACGCCAUCGGCGGGAGCCGCAACCCAAAAGACCAGCAGUACAUGAAGAUGACCCUCAACCAGCUGCUCGUCGAGCUUGAUGGCUUCAAGCAGAACGAGGGCAUCAUCGUGAUUGCUGCCACCAACUUCCCUGAGUCCCUUGACAAGGCCCUGGUCCGCCCCGGCCGUUUCGACCGCCACAUUGUCGUCCCCAACCCUGACGUCGAGGGCCGUCGGCAAAUCCUCGAGUCCCACAUGUCCAAGGUACAAUUUUCAAAGGCCACCAGCCUGUGGUUCCACCCAUUUUUUCAUCUAGAUAGAUAGAUAGAGAGAUCUAGAGAGAGAGAGAGAGGGAGAGAGUGAGUGUGAUCUUGUUUUUUGGGUGCAGGUGUUGAAGGGGGAUGACGUGGACUUGAUGAUAAUUGCGCGGGGGACCCCGGGGUUCUCGGGGGCGGACCUGGCAAACCUGGUGAACAUAGCGGCACUGAAGGCGGCGAUGGACGGGGCCAAGGCAGUGACCAUGGAGGACCUGGAGUACGCCAAGGACAAGAUCAUGAUGGGCAGCGAGCGCAAGUCGGCGGUGAUCUCUGACGAGUCGCGGCGGCUCACGGCGUACCACGAGGGCGGCCACGCCCUCGUCGCUAUCCACACCGACGGCGCCCUCCCUGUGCACAAGGCCACCAUCGUACCCCGCGGCAUGGCCCUCGGCAUGGUCGCCCAGCUCCCCGACAAAGACGAGACCAGCGUCUCCAAGCGCCAGAUGCUCGCCCGCCUCGACGUCUGCAUGGGCGGCCGCGUUGCAGAAGAACUCAUCUUCGGCGAGAACGAGAUCACCUCCGGCGCCUCCUCCGACCUCCAGCAGGCCACCUCGCUCGCCCGCGCCAUGGUCACCAAGUACGGCAUGAGUCGAGAGGUUGGCGUGGUUGCCCACAACUAUGACGACAAUGGGAAGAGCAUGAGCACCGAUACGCGCUUGCUCAUCGAGAAGGAGGUGAGGGAGUUCCUGGAGAGGGCAUAUGGGAAUGCCAAGUCCAUCUUGACCACACAUAACAAGGAGCUCCAUGCGCUUGCUGGCGCACUUUUGGAGCACGAGACCCUCACCGGAAACCAGAUCAAGGCCCUCCUUGUGCAGGUCAGCGGUACCGCCGAGCAGCAGCAGCAGCAACAGCAGCAGCAGCAGCGGCGGCCGGAGGAGGAGCCGGCGGCCGCCAUGCAGGGCCCGCCAUCGGUGGCGUCGGCUGCUGCUGCCGCCGCCGCCUCGGCUGCGGCCAAGGCGAAGGGUGUGGCCCAGCCGGUGGUCGGGUCUUAG